GAGAAGAAAUGGGAAUCAAAAUCGACAUCAUAGAAGAAGGAGAUUUAACCAAAGCAAACGAUCGCAGUAAUGAAGAUGAGGAUUCUACAAAAGUUAAGUCUGCUCCAAAAGUAAUGAAAUGGGGAUUACUCCUACUAAGCUGCAUACUGAAUUUUUCAGGAAUGACAGGAGGACCGAUACUUCUUCGACUCUACUUCUUACAUGGUGGUAAUAGAAAAUGGUUAUCUAGCUGGUUGCAGAUGGCUGGAUUCCCUAUACUAAUAAUUCCACUCAUGAUACUCUACUGUCAACGCGAUCGAAGUCUACCAAAUAUCAGCUUCUUUGCUUCUCGGAAGCUUUUGUUCUACGCUACUAUUAUAGGCGCAGCUCAAGGAGUAGACAAUUUUCUGUAUUGUUACGGUUUGUCGUUCCUUCCUGUUUCGACUUCGUCUCUUCUUGUAGCAACCCAACUCAUUUUCACUUCCUUUGUGUCAUUCAUCUGGGUUAAGCAGAAGUUUACUCAUUACACGGUUAACGCGAUUAUAGUCAUGACAAUGGGAUCUAUACUACUUGGUAUCAGAAGAGCCGGGGAUCGCCCUCCUGGUGUUACGACUUCUCAGUAUUUGCAGGGUUUCUUUAUAACUAUAGCUGCUGCUGCAUUUGUAGCUUUCAUUCUCGUAGGCACCCAGGUUGCUUAUGCUAAGGCAAAUCAAGCCGUGACUUACCCCAUCGUGUUGCAGUUUCAGCUUUGCUUGGCCCUCUCUGCUACUGUAACUUGCACUAUUGGAAGCCUGAUAAACAAGGAGUUCUCAGCAAUUCAAAGUGAAGCAAGUGAAUUUGAUUUCGGAGCGAAGACUUACUACCUCGUGUUAGUUUUGAAUAUGAUAGUUUGGCAGCUGAUGUUUAUCGGAAGAGUGGGGAUUAUUUUUUGUGCAUCUUCUCUAUUUGCUUCAGUCACCUCCGCAACUUUCCUUCCUAUCACGCAGACUGCUGCUGUGAUAACGUUUCAUGAAAAUUUUCCAGCAGAGAAGGGGAUGGCGUUGGCUCUAACACUUUGGGGAUUCACUUCUUACAUCUACGGUUCAUACAUGACAGAACGAAGAAUAAAGUCACUGACCCAACUCACCUCAAACUCAAAAUAAGUAUCUAUAUUUUGACUUCGUAAACGCAUUUUUGUUUUCCUUAAUUAAAUAAACAUUUA